CUAGACUGUAAACCUUUUUACCCCUCACCCCCACCUCACCGCCGCCGUGCCACCCACUCUCUCUUUAUUGAGACAUCAUCGCAGGGAAGUGGAGAGAUUCCUGAUCAACAGGAGCCAGGGACACUGGUGGAAAAGCCAGGAAUUUCUGGGUCAUGGUGGUGACGGGAAGGUUCGUGCUGCUACUCAGCAUAUCUGUAGGUACCUGUUUAUCUGCUACAGUGGUGAGAGGUCCAGGCAACUCCACUGUAUCGGUUGGCCAGACUGCUUCGUUCACGUGCACAGUGACCACCGACUGGGAAAUUAUCACGUGGUCGCUGAGGGGAAACCCAGUUGUGAGCGAGACUAGGACAGGAUCUAUUAUCUCAGACCCGCGGCUGAACCACUCUUACACCAGCAGCGCUCAAGGGGACAUUUUCACGGUCACCAUCUCCCGUGUGGUGACAAGCGACACCGGUUCAGUGAAUUGCGGUGUCCAUUCUAAUCUUGGGUUUGACUCCAAAGACGCCUACCUGAUUGUCCAAGAGGAAUCAGCAGAUCAAAACGACUGGCUGAUCAUCGCUAUUGCGGUGCCUCUCGCAGCGGUUGUCUUGCUUGCCAUAAUCAUCCUGAUCAUUGUGAUCUGCAGGAAAAGAGCCAGACGGACAUCAUACACUCACCAGAACAAGACGAGGGUGCCAUCCAAGAACCCAGUCGAGAUACCGCGUGACGGGCAAAUGAUUGCUUGGGUGGAAAACUCGGGAAUUUGGGAAGAGGACAUGAACAGCGUUGUGAAUUACACAGGUUCUCCUUCACUCGGCUACACAGAUAAACAGUCCCAGCAAAGCAGCAGAACGGUGCUUAACAACACUUCAGAGACGCAAUAUGUGGUUCCAGAGAGGGAACGCCAGUGGCCGAUACUGAACCAGCCCGUCAUUGUACCUAAGAACACGAAACACGUGACCGCGGUUUAGGGGUUGAAGUGGAGCCAGACAGUCGUCAGAUCUGCCAGCCCACUCCUCUUACACCCUCUCCCACCCUCGUGUGUCCCGUCUCGAAGGCUAUUUAUAAUCUAGAGCCCUUGCAUCUCAUCGCGUCGUCAAAAUGUCACCAAGAGCUUCAUAGGAUUCACUGUAAAGUGUAGUGACUGUGUGUCUUGUGGGCGAGAGAGGCAGCUAAAUUUUGCAUACACGUCAGGAGGACGUCCCAAGGCGCUGGGCAGUGAAG